AUGGAUCCCUCUGCAGCUGCAAUAGAACGGGAGCUACUGCCGAGACUCCAAGAAGAUUCACCUCCAAGAAACCCCUCCAUCCGAUAUCGUCACUAUGCCCAUCCUCGAGAAUGUGCAAGAACUGUGCCUACUUCAGCCAGAGCUCGGAGAAGAAAGAAACCUAACUCUGCGGAAGCCCUAAAGGCCAGGAAAGAGAAGUCGAAAAGGAAGAGGGAGAAAAACAAGGAAGCAAUUUCACUUCUGAGUGGCAUUCUCUAUUACUUCAAAAAGAUGGGCCGAUACCCUUUUGAAAAUAUGGUUACCAUGAACCAUUUCGUCUGCAAUUUGCCUUACAUUCAUGGUAACCCAACCGAGGUGCGUAGCAAAAUCGAGAAGCUGAGAAAGAAGUACAAGAAGCUUUGGAAGAAACAUGGCGAUAACCUCAUGAUUAUGGACCCCCUCGGUCACGAAGCAUUCCAACUGUGGAAGGAAAUAUGGGGGAAAAAACCAACCGAUGAUCAGCAGCAGCCGCAGCAGCAGCCAAACAUGGAUCUGUCUGAGCAGACAAACAACUAUCUGUCCAUGUAUCCUUUCUUGAAGGAAUCAAUGCAGUCUGAUCCGAGCAAUCUUUCUUUGAAAGUUUUACCUGAAGCCAUUGUGAAUGAGGGUCUGGGACGAUUGAAGAGCUCCGAAAUGGAGCAGUUUGAUGGCGAAUGGAGGGAACUACAGAUGAAGGAAAUAGAGCUGUAUUUGAUGCGGAUCUCUACAAUCAAGAACCAAACUCAGCGUUUACUGGAUAUCGUUACCAACUAUCAACCUCAGGGUGAUGAUGAGUCUUUGGAUGACCAGGAUCUAGAUGAGGUGUAA